AUGAAAUAACCAUUUAUAAAUCACAAUUAUAGGGUAUAAUUUAAGCAUCCAAUAAAUAUCCAAUAAGAAGGUCUCAUAUAAGAAAUAAUAUCUUGUCGUAUUUCAGUAUUCAAAACUGUGUUAUUUGGCUUUCUGUCCUUAAUUACUUGUGGGUUAUUGUAUUUAGUUACAAGAUGGGACUUAAGAAUUUUCCUUUUUUUCCGUGCAAAGAAGUGUGUUCCAAAAUCCGCUACUCAUUUUUUAAUAAUAGGAUAAGGUAAGUGUUUUUGUAAAUUCUUUAUAGACAAAUCUUAAACCUUGGUUAAAUCAAAUUGUUCUAAAGAUGGAAGUCUUUUUAUUGAAUAUAGAUUAUAUAGGUACACUUAUAGUGAAUGUGGAUUUGAUCCAAUAGAAACAAAAUAUCAGAACAUGAUAUAAUAAGAAAUACGAUAAUAAUCAAUAAAUAGGAACUAAUAGCUUGAGAUAUUUGGAUAAAACAAUACAGAAAUACCAGACAAAGGAAUUUUAAAAACGUUAAUUGAAGAAGUCUUGAGUCCAUUUUACAUUUUCUAAGUAUAAGUAAUUGAAAUAAUAGUUUUGUUCGGUUUUAUUGUGGUUUUGGGCAUCAUAUCAGCGAUAUGCAACAGUAAUUUUACUCACAUCACUUAUUUCAAUAUUUAUAACACUUUAUGAAUAAAGAAAGAGUUUCUAUCGCUUAUAAUAAUUAUCUAAAUUUAAUAUUCCAAUUCAAAUAUUAGAUGAAGGUGAGGUUAAAGAAAUAGAAUCNUAAUCAUUUAUAAUCAUUUAAAAUAAAAAUAUAAAUAUCAUAAUUCGAUUUGCAUAAACUUAGCAUAUUAGUGCAAUCCAAAAUACAAAUAAGAAAUUUUCAAGAUCACAAUUAUUAUAACAGUAUACAUAAAAUAUAGUAUCCAAAUAGUUUAAGCAAGUUGACCUUCUUUUUGUAAAUCUUUUAUAGAUAUCUUAUUUAUUCUCUUAAUUUUAAUAAGAUGUUAAUUUAGUUAAUUCUUCUUGA